GGGGCGGCCGCUCGACGAGCUGGGACCGGGACGGCCGCGGACCCUCUUCAGGCUCGGGCGGCGCGGCGGCGGUCUCCGGACGUCCCUCGCGGCUGAGCCCGCGCGCAAUGGCUCACGUCGGCUCCCGCAAGCGCUCGAGGAGUCGCAGUCACUCCCGGGGGCGAGGGUCGAAAAAGCGGAGGAAGAACAGUAGGGACGCCUCGAGGAACUGCUCGGCCUCCGGGUCCCAAGGUCGCAAGGCCGGCUCCGCUUGCUUGGCGGCGGCCUCGCCUUCCCCCGGUGUCGCAGAGCGAAGCGAGCACAAGGCCCGGCGGAGAGCGCGCUGCAGCUCCCCCUCCUCUCCUUCCAGCUCCUCCAGCUCCCCGUCUUCCUCAUCGUCCUCGUCCUCUUCCUCGUCCUCGUCCUCGAGCAGGGGCCGCAAGAAGCGGGGAAAGCACAGGCACAAGAAGAGGAAGAAGAGGAAGAAGAGGAGGAGGAAGCUGAGGGAGAAGGCGGAGACGCAGCCGCCCGAGGCGCUGCCGGGCCCCUCUCUGGACCAGUGGCACCGACCCGCUGGAGAGGGGGGUGGUGGCCCAGCGCUGACGGACGCGCAGAAGUCCCGCAUCCAGGCCAUGAAGCCCAUGACCAAGGAGGAGUGGGACGCGCGGCAGAGCGUCAUCCGCAGGGUGGUGGACCCCGAGACCGGCCGCACCAGGCUCAUUAAGGGAGACGGUGAGGUCCUGGAGGAAAUCGUCACCAAAGAGCGACACAGAGAGAUCAACAAGCAAGCCACCCGGGGGGACGGCCUGGCCUUCCAGAUGCGAGCCGGGCUGCUUCCCUGAGGCCCCGGCUGGCUCAGGGCCAUGGACGGUGCUGGCCGCACAGCCUGGAUGGGCAGCCCCCGCUGGGUGCAGGGCUGGAGGAGGGGGUCCCUGACCCCUGCACCCCCAACAUUAAACGCAUC